CUGUAUCGAUCUGAUUGAAAGAUGCUUGCAUGGCCGGUGAAUCACUCGCAUCAUCUGCCUAAGCCCCCUUGAGCCCAUCCUAUCGAAUCUCCGGGACGGAGAUGCAGGAGGGGCGUGUGUACAGUAUAGGCGGGAAUCGGGUUGAUGGGAUGGACCACAAAAGCCGCAGAGCGAAUAGUAGUAAUGAUAAUAAUAAUAAUAAUAAUAAUACCAAACAUAUGGUCCGUCGAAAUGCAACGAUUCCAUUGCCAAGUCAUACGCACCUACGCUGCACUCCAUCUCUCUUUUUCCGUACUGUAUUCGCUUUUGAAGAAUCUGACUCAUAUUGCGUGCGACUCACCUCGCGCCCUGCCUUGGCAAGUCAAAAGAUGAUUCGAAAUAUCCCGCUUGCCGUAUAGCCUGCAUUGGUAGUCAUUUCUCGUCGAUCGUCCUUCUUGUUCGGGGCCCCGUGGCCGUGCUCAUGUUGCAC